AUGGCUUCUACCUCCAAUAUCAUCCCCAGUUCCGCUUCACCAACGGCGGUUGACGUUGUGGUCGUCGGCGCGGGCCUGAGUGGACUCCGAGCAGCGUUGGCUAUCCAAGCAGCCGGGAUCUCUUGUGCGGUGGUUGAAGCCACUGAUAGAGUAGGCGGGAAGACGCUCACGCUCCGAUCUAAGAAAGCCGGCCCCGGCGUCAACGACCUCGGCGCUGCUUGGAUCAACGAUACCUCACAAUCAGAGAUGCACAAAUUGGUCCAAAGAUAUGGGCUGCAGACCGUGGUACAGAUGGAUACAGGGCUUGAUGUUCAUUUGCAUGGGGAUGAAGUUGUCGUGUGCCCGCACGGCGUACUGUCUUUGGAGGAGGAAGAGCAGCGUGCAUUGGGUCAUGUAUUCGAAGCCUGCAAAGAGCUAAAUGCCAGUUUCAGUUUGGAUGAUCCGGCAUCAGGACGAGUUGCAAAGGAGCUGGAUAGUCUCUCAUUCCACGACUACUGCCUUCAGACAUUCCAGUCUGAGUCAAUCGCAGACCUUUUUAAUAUGAUCAGCCAAUCUUUGAUUGGUAUCGAAAGCAAAGACAUCAGUGCACUGAGCUUCUUUCAUUCUUGCAAAUCCGGCACAGGGUUGGAGAACAUGAUCUCGGAUGGCAAGAAUGGAGGCCAGUAUCUCAGACUUCGCGAGGGGGCACAAAGUAUCUCGAUGAAUAUGGCAAAGGAGUUGAAAGCCGGCUCGCUUCAUCUUUCAACUCCGGUGACCGAAAUCAAACAGAGCACGAGGACUCGUCGCUGCAUAGUCAGAUCUUCCAACGGCACAGUUCUUGAAGCGAAGAAGGUCAUUAUUUCUGUCGCCACCCCGCUGUACAGGACGAUUCAGUUUACACCCCCUUUGCCUCCAUACAAGCAGUGUCUUGCCCAAGACAACAUGCUGGGCUAUUACAGCAAGAUAAUCUUUGUUUUCAACGAGCCAUGGUGGCGAAAUGCCGGGCUCUCGGGUGAAAUGAAAUCUCAAGACCGAGGUCCCAUCCUCUUUUCGGUGGAUACCAGUGUUCCUGAUGACGAUCAGUGGUCCAUUAGCUGUUUCAUUGUUGGCGGCCAUGGCAUCGAGUGGUCGCGGUUGUCCGAAGAGGAGAGACGCUCCUCGGCCUGGACCCAGCUUUACUCGGCAUUUAAGAAAGUCAAGCUGGAAUUUGGGCAGAUUCAGAUCACCGACCCGAUCAAUGUCUUGGAGUUUGAGUGGACGAAGCAGGAGUUUUUCCACGGUGGUCCUUGUCCGGCUUCGCCGCCGGGCCUUCUGUCGUCUAUUGAUGGGAUUGCCAUCCGUGAACCUUUUGGGAGUGUUCACUUUGUUGGCACAGAAACUGCAUUGGAGUGGAAGGGGUAUAUGGAAGGUGCUGUUCGGUCUGGUGAUAGGGGUGCUGAGGAAAUUGUUGCUGUUCUCCGUGAAGAGCUGAUUUGA